AUGGAACAACAACAUCAAGAGUCGAUGCCUCGCGAAAACAACAACGGACUGCUGCAGCCAUCCUCCCCCGACGCAGCAUCGUUGGAAAAACAGGAACAUGAUUCGAAUGUAUCUCCACCGCCGAAUGGGGGCUUCAAAGCAUGGUUACAGGUUGCUGGCGCCUGGACAAUCACGUUCAACGUCCUCGGCUUGCUUAAUUCAUAUGGCCAAUUUCAAAUCAUCUACGAAACCGAUAUUCUCAAGAACGAGUCGACAUCAACGAUUGCAUGGAUUGGGUCGACACAAUUCCUCGUUUGUUACCUCGUGUGCAUCUUCACUGGCCCGGUGCUAGAUGCUGGGCACUUGCACCUCCUGCUUGGCGUUGGUACUGUCGUGACAGUGUUCGGCUUGAUGAUGGUUAGUCUGUGUUCGACAUAUUACCAGUUCUUCUUGGCGCAGACAAUUGUUACUGGCAUUGGCUUUGGUCUGAUAUUCUUGCCGGCAUCGUUCGUCGUUGCGCAGUGGUUCUCUACGCGCACGCCGUUGGCAAUUGGAAUUUCUGUGAGCGGAUCCAGUAUCGGUGCUGUUAUAUAUCCAAUCAUGCUACAACGACUUACAGCACAGAUUGGCUUCCCGUGGACGGUACGCAUCAUCGGCUUCAUGGUCCUGGCAACAAUGGGCUUUGCUGUCGCUGUGAUGCGAAUGCGCCUCCCCAUAAGCCUACAAAAGCGAAAAGUAAUUGACUUGUCUCAUUUCAAAGAUAUAGCUUACCUUGUUGCUUGCUUGAGCUUCUUUGUCAACUUCUUGGGGCUGUACGUCUUUUAUUACUUCAUCUCGCUCUACGCCAUUGAAGUAGCGGGCGCCGACGAGAAUCUUGCCAACUACCUUCUUGCCAUCUUAAAUACAGGAUCCUUUUUAGGCCGCCUGAUACCAAACUGGAUUGCUGGGUACUACGGGCUUAUGAAUGUGCAGAUUGUCUUUGGCAUCAUCUCGGGCGUUUUGGCUUUUGCACUGCUGGGUAUCAAGACACCAGGCGGUGUUGUUGCCUUUGCUGUUAUAUACGGCUUUGUAUCUGCUCCAUAUGUGUCACUACCUAUUCCUAUAGUCACCAGCCUAUCACCAGAUAAAAGCGUUUGGGCAACACGAUUGGGAAUGAGUUUUGCCAUCAUCGGCUUCGGAGCGCUCAUCGGCAGUCCUGUAGCAGGUGCAAUUAUCGGCGACAGCAACACAAGAAAUUGGACCGGCAUGGUAGUUUGGUGCGGAGUCAUGUUUUUUGUUUCCACAAUCAUUCUUGCGAGUGUUCGUACAAUGAAGGUCGGGUCCAAGAUCUUUGUCAAAGUAUAA